GCUCUGCAUGCAACCUGGCUGCGAUGUAUUUUGUUUGUCUGCACGAUACAUGGUAUAUGACACAGAUGGACAAAAUUGCAUACUUGCCUUUACAACUAUUUACAAAUGACUAUUCUAAAACGAACUGUGAAGGAUGGGCGAGUCAGAAGCCGGUGAUGGGUUUAUCAGGAUGGUGAAAUCAGAGGCAAGAAAGAUUUAAUGCGAUCCUGAGCGUUUUCUCCUGUGCUACACAGGGUCAAUCUAGGCGCAUCUUGGCCCAGAGCAACGCGCCUACCUUCCCCCCCAUUCAAAGGUCUCCUCCUCUCCGUAGCAGUAGCCAGCCAUGGCUCUGGUAACCCUACAGCGCUCUCCCACCCCAAGCGCAGCAUCCACCGCCAGCACCAACGCGGGGGAGGAAUUAGGGUGUGAUGAUGACCGGAGAGCAAAUCAGAGCCUCAACGAGAGCUUCUUCAUGGUCAAAGGAGCUGCCCUCUUCCUGCAACAGGGCACCAAUGCACAGGGACCCAAGACCCCUACACACCACAAACACGCAGGUGACUUACCCCGACACCUGCAGGUCAUGAUUAACACCCUCCGCUCUGAGGACCGCAUUAAACUGGCUGUACGGUUAGAGAGUGGUUGGUCUGACCGUGUGCGGUACAUGGUUGUGGUCUACACCAGUGGUCGACAGGACACAGAGGAGAAUAUCCUGCUAGGGAUGGACUUCACCGAUAAGGACAGUAAAAGCUGCUCUAUUGGCAUGGUGCUACCGCUAUGGAGCGAUACGAAGAUCCAUUUAGAUGGAGAUGGAGGAUUUAGUGUGACCACAGGAGGACGAUCGCAUGUCUUCAAGCCUGUUUCUGUGCAGGCCAUGUGGUCUGCGCUGCAGAUCCUCCAUAAGGCAAGCGAUGUGUCUCGCAGGCACAACUACUUCCCCGGGGGCAUGGCCCUCACGUGGAUGGGCUUCUAUGAGAGCUGUAUCACCUCCGAGCAGAGCUGCAUCAACGAGUGGAACACUAUGACCGACCUGGAGACCAUGCGGCCCGACUCGCCUGCCAUGUUCGUCGACCGGCCAACGGAGAGAGAGAGAACCGAGUGUGCAAUCAAAGCUAAACUACGCAGCAUGAUGAUGUUCCGGGACCUGGAGAAUGUCACUUCCAAGGAGAUCCGUGUGGAGCUGGAGCAGCAUAUGAGUUGUAACCUGAAGGAGUACAAAGAGUUCCUCGACAAUGAGAUGCUGCUGAUCCUGGGUCAGAUGGACAAAGCCACACUCAUCUUUGACCACCUCUACCUGGGCUCUGAGUGGAAUGCCUCCAAUCUAGAGGAACUACGGGACUGUGGUGUGGGCUACAUCCUCAACGUGACCAGGGAAAUAGACAACUUCUUCCAGGGCACGUUCUCCUACCACAAUAUCCGGGUGUUUGAUGAGGAGGCCACAGACCUGCUGGCCCACUGGAACGAGACCUACAACUUCAUCGUCCGAGCCAAAAAGAACCAGUCUAAGUGUCUGGUCCACUGUAAGAUGGGUGUGAGCCGGUCAGCCUCCACGGUCAUAGCGUAUGCCAUGAAGGAGUAUGGCUGGACUCUGGAGAAGGCCUACAACUUUGUGAAGCAGAAGAGGAGCAUUGCUCGGCCCAACGCUGGCUUUAUGAAGCAGCUGGCAGAGUACGAGGGCAUCCUGGACGCUAGUAAACAGCGCCACAACAAGCUGUGGAGGCCCGAGGGAGGGGAGGACAUCCCAGAUGAGGCGUCUGGCCAGUGUUGUGGUGGAGAGGAUACCCCCGUGGAGGAUGAGGCCUGGGGGGGAGAGGGCUGCAGCGCCUCCCCCUGCCGGGGCCUGGACACCCUGGACCCUCUCAACUACAAUUACUACUUCAGACGGCUGUCGGACACGGCCCUGGACAGCGAGCCCUCCACCCCAGUGCGCGGCCCUCCCCUGCUGGGCAUGGAAAGGGUGUUCAUCGAGAUCGAGGAUGUGGAGAGGGACGCCCUUCUGGAGGAUGAGGGCUUCCCCAUGGCCCAACUGGCUUUGCCCGGGGAAGGCACUGCCGCCCAAACCUGUGGGGGCCGCCUGGAGCCCCUGGAGGACAUGAGGCUACGCCUGGAGUUCAGCACGGUGGAGGAGGAGGACGAGGAGGAGGCGCAGAAGGAGGAGGCGGAGAUGGCCGCCCUGGCCCGGACACCUGCAGGAGGAGAGGGAGUGACGGAGGACGAGGAGAGGAAGGAUCAGGCCAACGUAAACCGCUUCAACAACGAGAACGCCAAUAACAGUAACCGCCUGGCUGCCAAGCGCAGCUGCCCCGCUGCCUUCGACGACAGUGCUAGCACAGGAAACCCUUACAAAGUGAAGCCCUCCUACCAGUCCUGUAAAGACUGCCUGCGUCUGCCACCAGGGCGGCGCUGUGAGCGCCCGGCAGGAGGCCGCAACCACCGCCUUAACCCCACACGCCACUGCGGGGUGGUCCCCACUAUCUCCAUAGACCCCCCUGGCACCCACUUCACCAACACACCCACCCCCCACUCACCCUGUGCCCUCCCUGCCACCAUUGCCCGCCUGGAGGCCUACCGCCAGAGGCUGGUGUCGCCCAUGAGCUGUGAGGAGCUGCCCCGAGACAGACACUGCUCCCUGGAGACGGAGGACAUGGACGAGCUACAGGAGGAAGAGGAGGAAGAACAGGAGCCAAAGCCAGGGAGGGAGGCGGGGACUGGAGUCAUCACAGAGCUCACUUUUAUGAAGCUCAGCUUGGAGGGGGAGAGGCCAGCGGGUCAGCCUCCUGGUGUGGAGUUGCAGCCUGCUGGGGUGGAGGUGGACCCUCCUAGUGGUGGAGUGGAGCCACAGCAGGAGCAGGAGGCCCUGGCCCAGCUACAGAGGACAGGGCUGGAGCUGGGGCUGGGGCUGGUGAGGCAGAGCGCGGACCAGCUGGAGAGGCUCUCAGGACUGGCCAUGGAAGGUCCACUCUCAGGGGCAUGGCUGUCUGAGCAGAUGGACCUGAGCUUGGCAGUGGAGGAGAUGGAGGUGGAGGGGGAUGUAAGGGUGCAUUCUGAAACCCACAUCCCUUCUACCAGCUGUGUGGUCACAGCCGCAGACCCCCAGAUGAACACCACCCCAGUGUCGUACCCCCAGUGGUCCACCCAGACUUGGACCCCUGUGUCCUCCCCCCAUGGCUCCACCCUCACCCGGAGCUUAAGCAGUGUCAGCCUCGACAGCAACUGCGGGGGACGCCCAGGCCUGGUCAGGCCGCGCAACCAGGAGAUGGAGACCCGCAUGAGGCUGGCCGGCCUGACCGUCCCCUCCCUGCUCAAACGCUCUAGCUCCCUUGCCAAACUGGGAGGGCUCACCUUCUCCACCGAGGACCUCUCAGACCUGGCUGAUGAUCAGGCCCAGCUGUUCUUCACCGUGCCCCCAGCCCUCUGAGCCCCCAUCCACCCCCUGGAGCUGACUGUGUUUCCAGUGUCUCUCUUCCAGACAGGUUCCAUGUGUCUGAACCACCUGACCGUAAGAGCAGUUUGAAGGAGCAGGGAGAAAUUUGCCAGGUGUCCUGGAGACAUGCCUGAGAAAUAUUAGCAGCAUGUUGGCUGGAAGAAAGAAAAAUAACUAAAGAUUUCCUAUUCCUAUUAUAGACAGUAUACAAAACAUUAAGAACACCUUCCUAAUAUUGAGUUGGACCCCCCUUCCCCUUUUGCCCUCAGAAUAGCCUCAAUACGAUGGGGCAUGGACUCUACAAGGUGUCAAAAACAUUCCCCUGGGAUGCUGGCCCAUGUUGAUUCCAAUGCUUCCCACAGUUGUGUUAAGUUGGCUGGAUAUCCUUUGGAUGGUGGACCAUUUUUGAUGCACACAGGAAGGAAACUGUUGAGCGUGAAAAACCCAGCUACUACCAUACCCUGCCAAACUAAAAAGACAAACUUUUACAUUUAUUUUAAGGGGAAUCUUUUGUCUUGCCCAUUCACCCUCUGAAUGGCACACAUACACAAUCCAUAACUCAAAUGUCUCAAGGCUUAAAAAUCCUUCUUUAACCUGUCUCUGACCCUUCAUCUACACUGAUUUGAAGUGGAUUUAACAGGUGACAUUAAUAAGGGAUCACAACUGGUCCGUCUGUCAUGGAAAGAGCAGGUGUUCCUAAUGUUUCGUACAGUCAGUGUACAUGUACUGUCUAUUUAUUAAUCCAAAUAAGAGAUGCUAUUGGAGAAGAUCCACUCAAAGGAGCUCAAUGAAUGUGUGCAACUGAGCCUCUGUUUUGAUUCAUGUGCCCCUGAGCAUCUCGUGCCCCUGAGCAGACUGACUGUUGAAGAUUGAAUCCUCCUUUUCUGUAUAUUCCUCCCUUGCUACAAGCUGAUUGUUGUGUCACCGAAUAACAACUUCAUCAUAUGAGCAGCUUCCUGCCUCUUCAAGCAAAGCGGGGUACCUCAGUCAGAACACAAGCAUCUCAAGACUAUUAUGGUCCAAUACUGUUUUUGUUGGCUUACCUCUCCUCAAUGACUGGCUCAGCCAGCUCUCCUCCAUUGAGGUACUUGGUCAAAAGUCCAUUCAUAACGGUCUAGUGUUACGCAAGCUGUCCUCAUUGUCACAACUAGAGCUUCCUCAUGGGGAGCAGAGCAGUAGACUGACUGGACUUAUCACACAUGCUAUGGAUGAUGGGAAGAAACAGAGAAGAAAUAUUGAAAUUCUCUUCUGGAUUCAUUUCUGUAUCUUUCAGGUAGUUUAGAGGGAGCAUAUACACUUUGGUUUAGUUUUGCCACAGCUGAACUUUCACUUCUGUGCAAUGGUAAUAGGUACAGUACUUCAAUGAUCUGAUUUAAGAACUCCUCAUGUUUGUAUGGUUUGAUAGGAUUUGUGGGCAACUGAAAGAGUUCAAAUGGUUUUGGGACUGGAUUUUACAACACUGCAUUAAUCUACUGUAGCACUGAUAAUCCUCUGCUGCCCCCCUCGUAGACCAGCUGUAGUCAAAGCCAUAAUGUCUGACCCCAUGCCUUUUAUUCAUCGUCCCUGCAUCACUCUCAAAAGGCAAUCAAAUACAGUAGGUUGAUUUUCUGGCUGUUUAGUUUUGGCAUUAACAUGCUAGUACAUACUCCCCUCCCCUUCUUGUUCACACCUUUGUGAUACUGCACUGUAGAGGCUUUGUUCACCGGCUUUAUUCAACUGUCAAUGUGCCACAGCAACAGAGUAACAUUAGACUACCGUUCUUUGUACUGCUAAAAAAAAUACUAAUCCGUUGAUCUGCAUAAGCUACACAAGACGACACCUUUGACAGUCUGAAGGCCCAGGCAUAAACCUGGUACUGUGAAGUGGCCACUGGGUCGUUGCUAUACAUUGAAGCAGAACGACUGUUUGAACAGCUUAUUUUUGCUCUCCCAUUUAUUGCCAGACCUGGGAGUGUCCCAGCAGCAAAGCCUAAUGUGAUUUAGCUGGAGCUGUUUGUGGCAGGAAGAAAGAAGCAGCUUUUCUCAGCCUUUUCCAUUCGUAUGGCAAUGCUAUCAGCCAAACUAGGAAGUUGGGACUAAAACAAGCUGAGGUGUCGGAACAGACGAUCUAUAGGUGCUUAGAAAGGGGUUACAAUUCUGGUUUCUGUGGCAGUCUGUGGAGAGAAUAUCACUAGCCACUAGGAAUAGUUUUGUUUACAGCAGACAUGAGCAACUUCCAAAGCUGUUGUAGAGCCGCAGUACAGUAUGACUGGGGCCACUGCCAUCAUCCCACAUGUUGUAUCACCAAUGUUACAUUAACUUAUCUUCCUUAUUUAUGAUUGAGUAUUUAUUUGUACAUGUUUUAAUUCUAUAAUCUAAUAUGCAUUUGGUUGAGUUCUUUGUGGCCAGCCUAAGCUUAAUUUGCCACACGGGUGUUAUUAUGCUUUGAAGUUGUUUUGUCUGUUAUAACUACUGCAUUUGGCAUGUUGAGUGUGCAAGGAUAAUGUGUGAUGGCAGUGUGUGUGCAGGCGCAUGACAAUAUAUAGAUUUUAUUACCACCAUGUUUGUAAUAUGAGUGCGAUGGGAAAGGUGUCUGUGUGCAAAAUAACUGUUACUCCUUAUAUCAUUGUCACUGAUGCAAUGGUCUAUACUAUACAUCAUGUAGACUGGAUUGCUCUUGAUUUGGGAUAACAAAGAAAAUGAAAAUCACUCUUAAUCAGCUGAUUAUAUCGCGGCAUGUGUUACAUUAGUAACUUUUGUUAGUGUUUGUUACUCCGAGGUACUGGUCAAAGCAAUUUGCAAUUAAUUUAGGUUCAAGUCACAAUAAUGGCUUGUGUUCUGUGGUCAAUGAACACUGGCUGAGCUUAGACAGGCAGCCCAGUUCAGAAUUAUAUAUAUUUUUUUUCUCACUAAUUGGUCUUUUGACCAAUCAUGUCAAAUAUUUUUGAGAGCUAAUUUGAUUGGUCAAAAGACCAAUGAGUAAAAAAAGAGAUCAGAAUUGGGUUUCCUGUUUGAACGCAGCCCUUGUGGCUUUUGAGUUAUUGCACUGUAUGAAUUUCCCUGUGUUCACUGGUGGGUUUUCAAUGAUCAAAGAGAUUCCCUCACAGGUAAUACAAUUAUUUGAAUGGAAUAGGGAUUUGUCUCAAACUGACCCCUGUCCCUUCACUUUUAAUCCAGUUCAGCCUGGUCUACCACUUGUGGUUAGUGUGGUCACCAUUUAGAGGUGAUCAUUUGGUGCGCGUUAUUCAAGCCUACUGUUAUACUACCUUCAUGUGGCUGUUAUAAGCUUGAUGUAAUUUAUGACAUAAUGGGUUAUAAAAGUUUACAGAAUAUCCUAUAAAUUCAACUUUUUAUUUCAUGAUACUGUGACAGGGUUGUGAUGAAAUUAUUAUGUUUGGUUAGCCAGUUGUGCUUAGCUUUAGGCCAUGCUCAUAGCAGUGAACAGUAGGCUGUGUGGUGGAUUUAAGUGCUGUCAAAAUGAGCGUCUUCACCAAAUGCUCCAUCACCACUGAUGCUAUGCUUAAAGCUACUGCACUAGGUUUGAUUGUUUGCAUCAUUUGUUUUUGAGUGUUUUAUAUUUCUACAUACGUGCCUUAACCAUGGCCUUAGCUCUGUCUGGCCUAGCUACAUCGCAGGCUUAACCCUGGCCUUAGCUCUGUCUGGCCUAGCUACAUCGCAGGCUUAACCCUGGCCUUAGCUCUGGCUGGCCUAGCUGCAUCGCAAGCUUAACCCUGGCCUUAGCACUGGCUGGCCUAGCUACAUCGCAGGCUUAACCCUGGCCUUAGCUCUGGCUGGCCUAGCUGCAUCGCAGGCUUAACCCUGGCCUUAGCUCUGGCUGGCCUAGCUGCAUCGCAAGCUUAACCCUGGCCUUAGCUCUGGCUGGCCUAGCUGCAUCGCAAGCUUAAACCUGGCCUUAGCACUGGCUGGCCUAGCUGCAUCGCAAGCUUAACCCUGGCCUUAGCACUGGCUGGCCUAGCUGCAUCGCAGGCUUUGCAGAGUCAUUGUGAAUGGAAAGGCCACUUGCCCUCUGCCCCCAUAAUAAUAAUCCUGUUGCUCACACAAACCCACAAAGUACACAUGUUCACACACAAGCUCUCUCUCCCACAUGUGCAUAUGCUUGUCAAGCUCAUCAGUUGCUAGGGUGAUCUAUUAUUGAAACCAAAGUUUGAGGGGUUUAUUUGGACAUAUAAGCACAGAACCAAGUCUUAUCUACAUUGCCAGGCAUCUUAGGGUUCAUUCACCUGCCCUUACUGACAAUCCUUUAACUGGUCAAUGCUUUGAGAGCGAUGGAAAAAGCUGGAUAGGGAGACAUAGGAAGAGGGGGAUAAUUACAGUAGUUCAUGUCAAGAGUACAAGUGGCCAUCUUUCCUUGAUGUUCACCCCUUACAAUAAGAUGUUUUUGCAUAUAAGCCAAGGCAUGAAUGAGUGAAACCAUCUAAAACAUACAUAAUCAACUUGAGUGAUUUUUGUAACAUUUUAAUUUUUUUAAGCUGUGACUUAUUGUUUGCACUGGCUGUGUUGUGUGAUGCCCUUUUAUCUGUUUUUAUUGAUUUUUUUUAAACAUUUUGUUAAGGAUGUCCAGUCAAUGUGCAUCAUGGAAAUAAAUAAUUUCCUCUA